UUCAACUUUGCAAACCAAAAUUCGCAUAGACCCGUAGACGUAAAUUUUGUUUAUGCUGUUCAAUAGAAUUAAGUUAAUUAAUAAUUAUUGAAUAUACAAUUGCUGAAUAUAAACAAUAAACUAAGUGAUACGCUUGUGAGCCAAUGUUCAGAAAAAAGAAGAGAUUUAAACGUGUGCAGUGAUUUUCAUGAACACUUUGGCAACAGGAUAAGUCAACGAAGAAGAAGAGAGCAAAAUGAAUAUAAAAGGGAGGACACCACACAUAAUUCAUCUACUAGCCUUUCUUUGGUGCUAUGAGUACACAGCUAUGGCCACACGCCUUCAGGGUUCCUUCGACACUCAAGAUUUUUUCAAAUUCUUAGUCAAAUUUGGAUUCCAAAAAGCGGAAUCUCAUCGCCCUCAGGAUUCGUUUGGCUACAUUUAUGGAAAUAUCACGUCCCACAGAGAUUUUCAUCAGCCGGUGACACUGGCGGUGCUGGACAAGUCAACCUUUGUGGACUUUUAUCACAACCGUAGCCUGAGUAUAUACGGGCGUGAACUGGCAUGUCAACAUAUGUUUAAAAAUGUCCAACUGCUGGCCUACGAUGUGGAUUGCAACCCUCACGGCAAGAGGGAUUUCCUGAGACGUGUGCCAUGCCCUUGGGGACAUCUGUGCGCCGAUGAAGAUGCACCCACAAAUGUGAUAACGGGGAAUCAGUUCACCUACGUUAUCAGCGAGGUUUCACAACCGAGGUUCUGGUACAUGGCCCUUGUGGCCUGUUAUCGCAAUCGCACAACGUGCCAAUGGCACUCCUAUGAUUCUCUGACUGCACCUGCAUCAUUUUUGAACAACAGUAUUUCCGAACUGCAUUACGAUAUACAUGUGGUCAACGGACAUCCCAACAACUCAGCUGCCCACCCCCUGACGUACGAAUUUUCCUUCGACCAGCAGAAUCUUUUGGAAAUGUAUUUGAUAUUCCUUUUGGUCUACAUCAUCCUACUGCCGAUGCAAAUAUACGCAGUGCGUUUGCAAAAACAUCCCGUCACAAAGCUAUUCACCCUAAGUCUGCUUAGUGAAUUUGUAAGUUUAGUGCUAAUCACAAUACAUCUCAUCAAGUUUGCCAGCAAUGGCAAAGGACAACCAAAUUUGCAGACAUCCGGUGAUAUUUUAGAUAUAUUUAGUAGGACAACGUUCAUGUUAAUUUUGCUGCUAUUGGCCAAGGGGUGGGCCGUGACGCGUCAACAAAUCAGUCGUACCGGUUGGAUCAUACUGAUGAGCAUAUGGGUGCCCUAUUGUGCUUUUCAUGUGUUCCUCUACUAUUGGAACAGAACCGAAGUUGACAUAAUCUCCGACGUAGACGAAUAUCAAACAUGGCCUGGUUGGAUUGUUCUCAUAUUGCGCACUUCGUUUAUGCUGUGGUUCCUGUACGAACUAAGAAACACUAUGAAGUAUGAGCAUUCAUCCAAGAAGUUGGAUUUCCUUUUACAUUUAGGAGCUUCUAGUCUGGUGUGGUUCAUUUAUCUGCCAAUAGUGGCCAUAGUUGCGUUACAAGUCAGCCCCAUGUGGCGUUACAAAUUGUUGUUGGGCAUAACAAAUUCGGCGGACUGUUUGGCCUAUUGUGUGAUGACAGGUUUAUUGUGGCCAAAUCGUUCGGGACAGUAUUUGCUUUUGACAGGCACAAAAUAUGCAGGCAUGGAUGAGUUAGAUGAAUUCAAUGAAGCACCCCAUAUUGUGCGGGAGCGCGAAAGAAGACAAAACUCCAUAGACAAUCCAGUGGUGGUGGUCACCAAUGCACCCAAUCAUACGCCAAAUCGUUUGGCAUUGCCCAAUGGCGAUGCCUGCACAGAUCUAUUAGAAGCCGAAGACCUAGAUGCUGAACUUUUAACAGAUCUCAACAAGAAUAGUCAUAUAGUGGCAUAAGAAUAGAAACUGGCACAAAAAUAGAAACACAGCAACAACAACAACCUAACUGAUUGUUCAAAUCUGCGCAAUUACUACAGUGCUUAUGAUUGAGGUUUGACAGAAGGAAGAAACCCACAUCAUUACAAAUACAAAUGAAAUAGUCCAAAAUUUGUUUGUAUGAAAGCAUUUUUGCCAAAUGCUAAAAUAACAGCGUGAUAAUCUUGUUUGUAACUUGAGAAUUUCUCAUAAUUAUUAUUAUUAUUAUUAUUUUUAUUAUAAUUAUUAUUAAUAUUACAAUUAUUAUUAAUAUGUAUUGUAUACAGUGUAAUAUUAGUGAGAUUACCAUUAACCGGAUAAGCAACGAAGUUUUUUAAUUACCAUGUGUUUAACUUGACUCUCCAUGUAAAAUAUCUCGUGUAUCUACAUACAAUCUCUAUACUAUCUUCUUUCACUCAACAACUCAUCUCAUCUCCAUUCGUCUCCACUCCUAGUUUUAUUUUUAAAACACUAACAUACAUCCGCACACCAUACAUACACCUAUCCCUACUUUUAUGAAAAAAACGCCAUUUUGUGUUUUGUGAGGAUUUAUCGAUCGACAGUUGAAGGAUCAACAAAACAAUCCCUAAUAGUGUUACAAUAUUUUAUUUUUAUUAUUUUACACACUGCAAUUGUAUUGUAUAUUUUUCUAAGACCACCUCGGAUACUUUAUUACAUUUGUUAACAAACACAUAAACACACUUACAUCCCUACAUACAUACAUACCGAUGAUAUAUUCAUUAGUUUUUAGGGUACAUUUCCAUUUUUGAUCUGUAAGAUUUGCAAAUUUUUAACAAAAAAAACAAAAAAAAAAAGAAUACCGGCGCAUCAUUUAGAUUCGGAAUAUUUGUUUGAUCAUGUCAUAAUGUACGAGAAGAAGAAGGACAAACAAAACAAAAAAUUAAUUAAAUACAAAUUCAAUAUAACAUUGAAGUGGUAUAAAAUGAUGA